GGAACUGACUGCUACGCGGUUGUUCUUUUUUCAGUGCUAGUCGUAGUGCGUUCCAUUUCACCCAGUCACCAGCAACCGGAAGAGGAAUUGUGUAAUUGGCAGUGGAUGCAGAAGUGGUCCAAGAUUGUCUUUAAACUAUAAAUAAUUUACAUAUUGUUUUUAAUCUUAGUUGUACUGCGAUUAUGUCCCCGUGUUUAGUACGACUGUUGAGGUGUUUUGCUUUGUUAAUUUCGUGCAUGUCAGUCUGUGGCGAUUUGGAAUUUGCACACGCUGAUGGAGCUCCGCCUUCAAAGAUAGCGGUGAUUGGUGCUGGAAUUGGAGGUACAGCAACCGCCCAUUUCCUUCGGCAGCACUUUGGGCAGGAUGUGGAGAUCCAUGUUUAUGAAAAGGGCAAGGUAGGUGGCCGCCUGGCUACCGUCACUGUGAACAAUCAGGAGUAUGAGUCUGGAGGCUCAGUGAUCCACUCCUUGAACCUCCACAUGCAGGACUUUGUCAAGCUGCUAGGGCUCAAGUACAGGAAGAAUUUUCCUAGGAAGACAGCGGUGUUUAAUGGGGAGCACUUCCUACUGGAGGAGACAGACUGGUACCUGCUGGACCUCUUCCGGCUCUGGUGGCGCUACGGGAUCAGCUUCAUCCGCCUGCAGAUGUGGGUCGAGGAGAUCAUGGAGAAAUUCAUGAGGAUCUACAAGUACCAGGCACAUGGCUAUGCAUUCAGCACUGUGGACGAGCUGCUACACUCCCUGGGGGGGUCCUUGUUCAUCAACAUGACGCGGAACUCAGUGUCCGAGUCCCUGCUGGAGCUUGGCGUGUCCCAGCGAUUCAUUGACGAGGUCAUCGCAGCAGUCACGAGGGUCAACUACGGCCAGUCUGUCAGCAUUCCUGCUUUUGUAGGGGCAGUGUCCUUAGCAGGUGCUCAGGCUAAUCUUUGGGCUGUCGAAGGCGGAAAUAAAUUAGUCUGCUCUGGUUUGCUGAAGGAAGCAAAAGCCAACUUGAUCCAUGCCCAGGUGACCUCAGUUUCACUUGUGUCAGCAGACACAGCCCAGUACCAAGUGAGUUACACAACAGAAAAGGAGAAAGGUUCUGCCAUGUAUGACAUAGUCAUUAUAGCAACACCUCUCCAGGAGGGGAUGGCCAACAUCACUUUUGAAAACUUUGAGCCUCCGAUCCCGGAGGUCCCCGGAGCGUACCACCACAAUGUGGUUUCGAUCGUGCACGGCUAUCUGAACUGCUCGUACUUCGGCUACCCAGACCCCAAGCUCUUCCCGUUCACCAGCAUCCUCACUACCGAAGCACCUGCCCUGUUCUUCGACAGCGUGGGGAAUGUCAGCCCUGUCAACAUCUCCAAGGGCUUCAAGAAGAAGCAGCCCCAGGAAGCUGCCAUUUGGAAGGUAUUUUCCCCACAGCCUCUGGAGAGGAAGGACCUGAAGACCCUCUUCAAGUCUUACUACUCCGUCCAGGUGACAGACUGGCAGGCCUACCCUCAGUAUGGCUCAACUAAGCACCUGCCAUCCAUUGUUCUCCAUGACAACAUGUACUACCUCAACAGCAUCGAGUGGGCGGCAAGCGCCAUGGAGAUGAGCUCUGUGGCUGCCAAGAAUAUUGCCUUGCUCGCUUACCACCGGUGGAACAGGGAACUGGAGAUGAUCGACCAGAAGGAGUUCAUUCACAAGAUUAAAACAGAGCUUUAACAACUGGCUGGGUGCUAAUAACGGAAUCAUUUCACGUCAGAAUUAAUAAUGAAAUAAAGUGGCUGUUAAUCCAAAAACCUUUUCAGAUUGCUUCAGAAGUUGCUUCUCUUGUGUGUGAAAUGAUUUGUUGUCUGACACAGUCUGCAUUUCGUUGAUGUUAGAUCAUCUUGAAAUAUACACACAAUUGAAGCACAUGAACUGUUUUGGUCGGGGUUCCUGACUACAUGAAUCAUGAUCUUAAAACAUAAGA